AUGAGUAACACUCCAAGCAAGCAGGGUGGGUUGGCCUCUCGGGGCCCCAUGCCGGCCUUCGGCACUUUUGGCGCCCACCAAGCUUCGGCUUCCCUCUUGCUCGAAAAGUCCAAUCCUGGCUUGCGCAGGUCCACCCCGGAUUCCGAGGCGCUGGCCUCCUCUGACGACGAGGUUGAGCACGCAAAGGCUACGGCUGCGAGCAAUGUCAAGCCGAACCGGAACGGUCGGAGAAAGUCCUGGCUGAACGAUGUCACGUCUGCCAACAUCAACCGGAAGCCUUCCGUUAGCGGUCCGUACAGUCCUUCCACCUCGCAUCCAGGAACUCCACGAUCCGAGCAGUCUCCAUGGACCAAUAUUAACCCUUCCACUGGUGUAGGAUGGCCUAGCCAACAAACCUCAUAUCCCUGGACCAUCUGGGGUCAAGACGGUCGAAAAGACCCGCCAGCCAGGCUACAGGAGGUCUUGCCUGCAGCGAACGGGAACGGGGAAGGCGGAAUUCCCUUCACCAUCCCCUUACAACCAACCCCGAAGACAUAUCGCUCACAGUCAUAUUCUGUUGGCCAGCUAGACACCACCUCCGCACCGAGUAUACCAAACCCCGUGUCAACAUCAGCUGAGGCCACUCGCACUCGGCUUGGUGGCCAAUAUCCGUCGUUGCAGCGACGCACGUCAAGGACCAGUGGCCUCGGCACCGUCGAAACUGGGGGACUCGGUAGAUUGCGUGAGGUGGAGGAUGAUGAAGAAGAACUCAGAAACAGCCGCAUGUCGGAAGCCAUCGCUACGGAGCAGGCUCGGAUGAUUGAACGCUUGGAAAAGGAAAACGCGCAGCUCCGCCAGGCGGCCCAAACGCAGCAUGAUAGAACCCUUUCUGGCGCAUCUACCUCUACGCAACCCCCACCUGGCUUCCGUAACACGCGCCUUCGCGCCGCCGUUCCUGAAGAGGCUGAAGUGGCCGUCGACGACCGGGAGGACCUCCCUCUUUCGGCGGGGUUUGGUGGUAGGGAUCACAACACUCGCCGUAUGAGUGAGCAGGCGCUUGGAUUUCCCGACCGGCCAACCCUCUCCUCCACCGAACACCGCAAUUUAGAGAGUGUCAGGAAAGCCCAGUGGCAGACGUCCCUUGGAUUCGGCCCCAUCCUGGAAGCCCCGCAAAGCCGGCGACAUUCGUUUGCUGAUGUGCCAACCCGGCAUGGCUCUUUCAGCUCCAACGGUAAGGCGACCGACACAAUACCCUGGCCGGGCCUUGGAACUGAUCUAUUAGAACGUGAGGACCAGUUGACGGCGUAUGAGAGUGGUUCCCAAACUUUAUCCCAAGGAGAUGACCGUGAGUUGGCCCUAGCACUGUUACAGCCCGAUGAAAUCCAGUUGAGAAUCCUUUACUUACACAACCGCCGUUUUGCAGCCUCAUACUUCAAUGCCACAGAAUCGACCCGUCGUGCUGCGGACGCUCGUGUCCACCAAUCGCAUCGUGAAAGUCAGCAUUACGGCCCGCUUGGCAUCAGUGCUUUCCUCGAACCUGCUAGCCAGCCUCUGUAUAUUGUCAAUUUCAAGUGUUGCCGCUCGGACGUCUUCUACAUCCAAGAAGGCACGGGGCUCCACGUCAAUGUCGGCGACCUUGUUAUUGUCGAGGCCGACCGAGGUACCGACCUAGGAACCGUGCAACAUACUAACGUGUCAUGGGAAGAUGCCCGACGAUACAAGGAGUACUAUGCCGAAGAACAUUAUAAAUGGCUGAUGAUGUUCUCGAUGCAAAGUCGGAAUGGAGGACCCAAUGCUGUCAACCCCAAUGGAAUCCCGGGACGACCUGGGAGUGCUGUCGGUGGUAUGGGGCCACAAGGUCAUCAUGGACCUCACGACGCUCCCCAUGCAGACCUGAAACCCAAGAUGAUCAAGCGACUGGCCCAGAACCACGAGAUACAAGCCUUGAAGGAUAAGGAAGGAAACGAGGCCAAAGCUAAGCGUGUGUGUCAACAAAAGGUCAUCGAGCAUCGGUUGAACAUGGAGAUUCUUGACGCCGAGUUUCAAAUGCAAGCAGAAACUACUUACCCGUUUUCUUUGUCCAUGGUACUGACUUCUAGCAGGGACAGCAAAAAACUUACCUUCUACUACUUUGCCGACAACUAUAUCAACUUCAACCAUCUUGUUACAGACCUCUUCAAGAUCUACAAGACCCGCAUCUGGAUGUCGGCCAUCAACCCUGCCUCUUUCCAGACUCCGACAGCCUCGCUGGGUAUCACACCUGUUUACGGUGGUGCGCACGCAGAGGAGCGCCACCGAAGAAGACAACAACCGUCGCAGCAGCAACCGCAACAACCACAACCACAUGGGAUUGGACCUCAACCUGUUACGACACCAUUCGGCGAUUCCUUCGAUGCCGAUCGGACUUUCAAUAACCAAGCCCAGGGCAUGCGUCCCAACUUUUACAGUCAAUUCCAGGAUGUUGGGGCAGGCCCUCAACAACUGCAACCGGGUAUGGCGUCGUUUUCUCCGACCAUGCCCGGACCAAUGGACCCUUUCAUGUCAUUCUACGCCCCGCCAUAUCAGGGUGCCAGUCCUGGCGGUCCCAACUUUACCGGUGGAAGGCCAGACUUUAGAGGCAGGGGGCCUAAUCAACCGGGUGAUAUGAGCUGGAUGGGACGCUUUCAAGGCCUAUCGCUCGGCUCUUGA